AUGGACGAUUUAUCUGCAUCGCUCAAAAAAUGCCAACGAGAUCUCGACACAGCGAUGCGGGAUAAAAAGGUUUUGUUGGAAAAAGAGGAGCACUAUGGUAAAGAAAUUUCAAAGAUUGAUUCGUUGCGUUUUGAACUGAAAGCUCGAGAUGACUUGAUUUGUGACCUACGCGCUUCUGAAGACAAACUUCAUGCUGACCUGGCUGCAAAAACUGAUGAGCUGCUCAAAUUACAAAGUCAGUUUGAUGAACUAAGUCGGGAAUGCUGCAAAAUUCGAGACGAGUACCACUUUUUCCAGGAAAACGCUGAGCAACAAUAUUGUGCCAUGUUAGAGGAUAAGUGUAAACAGAUAGAGGCUAUGUCAGUUCGGCUUGCACAGCUGGAAUCAUAUCCGGGGCAAACACUUUCUGCCGAUGGUGCACUCUGCGCACGAUGCGCAGAGAAAAAUGCAGAACCGGUAGACGACUGUGCGGAAGGCCAUGCUCUUUAUGAGUAUUUGCCGACGGCACUACGCGAAUUUGUUGAAAAGAGCGACUCUGAUGAAGUGAAGGCUGCAGUGGAAGAAAUGCGAAAUACUUGUGUACCAAAUCAU